UUGCUGUUGGAAGCUGUAAUUAAUCACAUGGCAGAAUUUGAAAACAGUCUGACACCUAGCAUUUUUGAAGCACUGAAGGAAGUUCAAGGUAGAUAUUAUUACAACAGCUGCCUGAAGCCCAAGAGACUUGGCCAGGAUUUGCGAUUCUCACUACUCACUCAUGUCCAUUGGAAUGCAGUUGACAAGCAUGCUGCCACAUCGAGGAUCACAGUUUCCAUGGUAAAGGCAUUUGCAAGACAUUUUGUGGAGCAUUUGUACAUAAAAAGUCUUGUCCAAGGAAAUAUUAGUGAACAGCAAGCAAUUGAUGCCUGUAAGAACAUUGUAGAUAUCCUGAAAUGUUCCCCUCUUCUACCCAACAAAUACCCACAGCUUCGAGUGAUGCAGAUCCCACUUGGUGAACAUUGUUGCCGUGUAAAGUCUUUCAAUUCACAAGACCCCAAUAGCUCUGUAACAAACUAUUAUCAGUCUGGGCCUAUUUCUAUCAAGAGUUUGUGUAUUGUUGAUCUUCUCAUGGUAAGUUUACUCAAGCUGAAGAUGGUUAUAUUUACAGUAAACUUUAUAAGUGUAUUUAUUGUGGAACAUACAUGUUCUGAAUUAGAAGUGGAAUAUGUGUUGCUUCUGAUUAUCCACUG